AACACUUUGGAGCUGACAACAGUGUGCACUCGGCCGUGUUCGGUUGGGCUUUAAUUCAAGGUGGCAUCCGUCUGCAGAUCGUCUGCUUGGGACAUAACUUCUUCCUCAUGUUAAGAUGCAGUUUAAUUUGGCAUUAAAGACUGCUGGAAAGUUGGGAAAUCCCACAAGGCCGAUCCAGCAAUCCAUUUUCUAUACUGCUUAUCCUGUUCAGGGUGGAAGGGAACUCGAGCAUACGGCAGCUGACUGCAGGCGAAUAGCAGGCUACACCCUGGACUUGGCAGCAGUCAAUCACCGGGUCCGUAUAGAGACAGAUGACCAUUCACACUUACAUUCACACCGGCACUGAGUGGGAACUGAACCCACAAUGCCUGCAUGGAAGUCAGAGGAGCAUCGUUGGAGAUUUUGAUUGGGACCGUGUCGUGCAAGUCAGAUAGAACAUUUACCGGCUCGCCUGUUCUUCCAGGAAGUCCUGGUGGCCCCGGAAUUGCACUCACUGAUACUGCAGACUGACCCUGCCGAAAGGCCCAAAACCCGGAACCCCUUGUGGCCCAGGUGGGCCCUGCAGACCCGGGAUGCCCUGUGAGUGAGGACACGCAUAAGCACGUAAUCAUUCAGAGGACAAACACAACACAUGAGACGGAGCGUCAGGAACAAUGUGAGAAUCCGCUCCCGCCCUCCUGGAAGCUGCGACUGCAAUGCACCGCGCACGUUGCUUUCACAUUAAUUUUCACACUUGUUGAUGGUUUGCCCCUGAGAGAGGGGAGGUGCGCAGAUGACGUCCAGCCCAAAGAUACACGCUCGUCCUCGUCUGCCUUUGAGACUUUUUUACUUUCUGGUUGGACAUCAUCCUGCUAAGAAUGACUUUGAGCAUCUGAAUUUGGUUGUAUCAGUCACAGGUGGAAGUGUUGUGUUCACUGACCUGUUCAGAAACAGGCCAAGAUGAGAUCCUCACGUGCAGCUUUGACAUGGUGUGCCCUCAGGUGGAUCCUUGUCCUGCUUGUCACUGCAAAGCAGCUUAAUGCAGGAAAUGUGGAAGGGCCAUGUGAUGGGAGAGAUUGUUCUGUGUGCCGAUGUCAUCCUGCCAAAGGUGCACGGGGAUCGCCAGGUAAAUCAGGCAAGCAAGGACCUCGGGGUCCAAUGGGACCAUGGGGCAGUGAGGGCCAGGCUGGAGAGAAAGGCAGGUUGGGAGCACAGGGAUCACCAGGCCCAGAAGGGCUCAAAGGAGACCGGGGCAAAACUGGACCACCUGGUUUUCCUGGUCACGAGGGCUCAUUGGGUCACCCUGGAGCGGGUGGUGAGCCUGGUUUGCCUGGAGUAGACGGCUGUGAGGGGGCUCGGGGUAAACCUGGGGUCCCGGGUAUUCCUGGCCUGGAUGGUCUGCAUGGAACACCUGGAUAUCCUGGACCAAAAGGGCUUAAGGGAGAACCCUUGUAUAGUGAUUCCCUUCCUGGACUUCCUGGAGAUCCCGGUCGACCUGGAGAUCGUGGUCUUCCAGGCCCAGUAGGAGACCCUGGACCUAAAGGCUACAUUGGGGCUCCAGGCCCACCUGGAAAUCAAGUCUCGAUAGGGAUUAAAGGUAUCCGAGGACCACCAGGGGACCCUGGAAGACCACAGCCAGGCACAAAAGGAGACGACGGUGAACAAGGUCCGCCCGGUCCAGAAGGACCAGAAGAAGUCAUUGAGUUUCCCCCAGAUUUCCUCCCACCCAAAGGUUACACGGGAGACAGGGGUCCCCCUGGACAAUGUGGACCAAAGGGCAAACAAGGUGGCCGGGGAGACUCCUUCAGUCAAGGAAUGAAAGGAGAGGCAGGAAUUCUUGGUUUCCCUGGACUUCGGGGUUUUUCGGGGUCACCUGGCAGUUCAGGACCUUUAGGACCUGAGGGUUUACCAGGGGAUAGGGGGCUUCCAGGUCUCAUUGGAACAAUUGGACCAAAGGGCUAUCAUGGAGAUCCAGGUCUUCCUGGUCCCUUGCAGUAUUUGAAAGGGUCUACUCUCAGAGGAGAAAAGGGUGAAAAAGGCUAUCCUGGGAAUCCUGGAUUACCAGGUGACCCUGGAGUAAUGGGUAUGCAUGGACCUCCUGGCCCGAAAGGACUACCAUUUCCAGAUUAUCUGAGUGUGCCUGGUCCUAGCGGACCUCCGGGUCCCAAAGGCUUUAAGGGAGAGCCAGGGAGGUACAAUGACUUAAUCAAUCCACUCCCAGGACCAAAAGGAAGAAAAGGACUCGGUGGGUUUAAAGGUGUCACUGGACUUCCUGGUCCUCCAGGGUGCGGCGACUAUAUAUGUGAGCCUGGUUAUCCAGGUGACUCUGGUGAUAGAGGACCCCCAGGACCUCAUGGAAACAAAGGCUUCAAAGGAUAUAAAGGUUGUGAAGGAGAAUGUGAAUGUCGGUUUGUUCGAGGACCGCCUGGUCCGCCUGGUCAACCUGGUUUUCCAGGAGCUCCAGGAUUAACGGGAACUCCAGGGAUUGAGGGAGACCCAGGACUGAAAGGAGAAGAGGGUGCCACAGGGCCACCUGGGGUUAAAGGAUAUGUGGGUUUAAAAGGAGUGAAGGGACAAAAGGGGGAUGAUAUUAUUUCAACUGUUAAAGGUCCAAAGGGAAACCGAGGAGACACUGGACAUCCUGGUUCCACUGGACAAUUUGGUAAACCAGGACUAGAUGGCCCUCCUGGGCUGACAGGAGACCCUGGACCACCUGGGGCCUCAUAUAUAGGUAGCCCUGGUCCCAAAGGAGACCCAGGUAUGUUUGGUUCUAAAGGUCUUCCAGGGAUUCCGGGGCCCCCAGGUCCUGGUUUCCAAGGCCCCCAGGGUCCAGCAGGACCGAAAGGAGACCAAGGGUAUCCAGGCACUCAAGGAAUUCUUGGGCGAAAGGGCCCUCCAGGUGACACUGAACUCUGUUGCCAUGACAAUGUGACUGGAUCACCGGGUCUUAAGGGAGAACCUGGUUCACCAGGGAUUCCAGGUGAAUCUGGAAGAGAUGGCCUCCUAGGAGCCCCAGGACUUCCAGGACCUAAAGGCAUGAAAGGAGAUGAUGGUGGAAUUGGAGUGAUCGGAUCUCCAGGGCCACAAGGUUUAAAUGGAGAUCGAGGUGACCGUGGUAUGACUGGAAAUAGCCUUGAUGGUUCUCCAGGCACUCCCGGACUACCAGGACCACCAGGGAAGAAAGGUUACCCUGGAGAUGUGCUCAAUGCUUUGCCAGGUCCUCCUGGUCAACCUGGCCAACCUGGAGAUAGAGGGAGAAAGGGAAUUCCUGGCAGUCCAGGAAGCCAAGGGUUUCCAGGUAUACAAGGCCAACCUGGACGGCCAGGUCCAAAAGGAGAACAAGGAUUUAAUGGGGACCAUGGAGCUCCAGGACUUCCAGGUCUACCAUGUGUAUUAUGCGAGUUAAGUGGACCUCCUGGACCCCCAGGUCCUCCAGGAAACCCUGGACCGAGAGUGCCAGGGAUUCCUGGUCCAAGGGGCCCAAGGGGAGAUCCAGGCCUAUCUGGUCAUGGCCAUGUGGGUGUACCGGGUCUCCUUGGUCUUCCUGGUAUACCAGGCCCAGCAGGACAAAGAGGCCCUGCUGGAUCUCCGGGAGAUCCCGGGAAUGAUGGUUGGCUAGGACAGAAAGGUGAGUUGGGGUUCCCUGGCAGGGAUGGGGACAGAAGCUUACCAGGGCCUCCCGGACCUUCAGGACCCAGAGGCAAGCAGGGGGAAAGAGGCUUUAUUGGUCAACCAGGUGGCACAGGAGAACCAGGAUAUCCUGGUAUUAAAGGAAUACGUGGCCCCAAAGGAUUACCUGGAGAAGCAAGACUUGUGAGUUUAACAAAGGGAGCACAAGGAACCCCUGGCAGAAGAGGACAUCCAGGCCCACCAGGACCAAUAGGUGCAAAGGGCCAAAGCGGAGGGCCAGGUGAUCCAGGACCGGAGGGGUUCCCUGGUUCACCAGGAAUUAAAGGUGAUGCUGGUGUACCAGGGAGACCUGGGAUACCUGGAGAUUCUGGGGACCCUGGAUUGAAAGGUUUUCCUGGACCAAGGGGAUACCUUGGGAAUGAUGGCGCUCUGGGAGAUCCAGGAUCAAGGGGGCAUCCAGGAAUUCCAGGGGUUCCAGGAUUUCCAGGUGCCAAAGGUGAUCCAGGAGACUCUUUUGGACAACCCGGUAGCCCAGGGCCGAAAGGAAUUAAAGGGGAAAUGGGAUUCAGUGCACCAAUUGGGGAUCCCGGGGAUACAGGCGAUCUGGGUCCAAGGGGAUACUCGGGAAUGCCUGGACAGCCUGGCACUCCUGGUGAACCAGGAAUGCACGGUGGAUUAGGUUUUCCUGGGCCUAUUGGCCCUCCGGGUCGUCCAGGUGUUCCAGGUGUUCAAGGUGAUAGUGGGUAUGUGGGGCCCCUUGGUCCACCAGGCCCAACUGGACCUUCAGGACUCCCUGGGCCUCCUGGUCUUUCUGGACUGGAUGGUCUUCGAGGACCAAAAGGGAUGAAAGGAGCUAGCGGAGUAACUUUUCCUGGCCGCCCAGGACCGGAUGGCUAUCCUGGAAACAAAGGUUCCAGUGGAAUGCCGGGGCCUCAAGGACCCUCUAUUCCUGGGCCGAAAGGCCUUAUGGGUCCACCAGGUGACUCAGGUCCUCCCGGUUCUCAAGGUGAACCUGGUUACCCUGGGAGAGAAUGUGACAAACCUUUGCCCGGACCUGUUGGAGAUGCAGGAUCUGAAGGGGCUACUGGGCCCCAAGGUCCUCCUGGGCAGCGAGGUGAACCAGGCAGCCUUUUUUUCCACAAAGGAGAUCCAGGGCCAAAUGGCCUACCUGGGCCUCCAGGCCGAAAGGGAGAUAAGGGCUAUCAAGGAAAUCAAGGAGCUUCAUCAUAUCCAGGAAUUCCAGGACCCAAAGGUGAGAGAGGCCCUCCUGGCUCCAGAGGUUUUCAAGGAGCUAAAGGACUCAGAGGUGAUCCUGGACCCUUGGGGAGGAAAGGAGUAACUGGCCAACCUGGAGACAUUGGUGCCAAGGGUGCCCAUGGUGAUUCUAUUUAUGAACCCCCAAGGAGAGCUCCAGAUGGGCCUCCAGGACCACCUGGUUACCCAGGACCCAAUGGGUUCCCAGGCACGAUGGGUCCACCUGGGCGUAAUGGAUCUAAAGGACCAAAAGGUCCAUCUGGCUCUUGGGGCCUCCCUGGACCCCAAGGACCUCCUGGUAUUGAUGGUUCUAUAGGUGAACAAGGAGAUUUUGGUCAGCCAGGAUUCAUAGGGCCUCAAGGCAGCCCAGGUGGACGUGGUGACCCAGGCGUGCCAGGUUAUACGAGAACAUCAAGCUCAGGCUUCCUGUUUGUUCUUCACAGCCAAUCAGUUCAAGUGCCGAAUUGCCCUGAUGGCAGCAGUCGGCUUUGGGUGGGCUAUAGUCUGGCCUACUUGGAGGGACAGGAGAAGGCUCACACACAAGACCUUGGUCAAGCUGGCUCUUGCUUGCCCAUGUUUUCCACCAUGCCGUUCUCCUACUGCAACAAAGCUGCCUGUCACUACUCGGCUCGGAACGACAAAUCCUACUGGCUCUCCACAACUGCAGCCAUACCCAUGAUGCCGCUCUUUGGCCACGAGAUCAGAUCCCACAUCAGCCGCUGUGUGGUUUGCGAGACGCUUUUGCCCGCUGUGGCCUUUCACAGUCAGGAUCCAUCGAUUCCCCCGUGCCCAUCUGGCUGGAGGAGCCUGUGGACGGGCUUCUCCUUCCUCCUUCAAACAGGGGCAGGUGACGAGGGCGGCGGUCAGUCUCUGACGUCCUCUGGCAGUUGCCUUAAGGAUUUCCGAACUCACCCGAUCAUUGAGUGUCAGGGUGCGCGAGGGGCGUGUCACUACUUCGCCAACCUCUACAGCUUCUGGCUGACCGCAGUACGCCCCAUAGAUCAGUUUGUCAAGCCGAGGCCCAGUACCAUCAAAGCUGCCGAUGAACAACGACGCAAAGCCAGUCAGUGCCAAGUCUGCCUCAGACAGUAGAGGAACUUUGGGAAAUUUGGCCCAACUGUGGAAGAAGGAUGCUUUGGAUUGCCUGAUGCUCUGUUUAUUUUUUGUUUUGAAAAAUCCAACUUGACAGAAAAAUAACAAAUGUGAAAUAGAAACACUACUACAAAAACUACAAAGAAUGAAAUGUCUACAUCAAGCACACAUUGAGGCCAUGGACUAUAAUGGCUUCCACACAUGUUGCUCUUCGAGACCAGUGAUUCCCAACCUUUAUUGAGGCAAGGCAUAUAUUUUACAUGAGAAAUAUCACACGACACACCAUGAAACAAAAAUUUCACAAAAAGUGUUUACUCUAUACUGAAAUAAUGAUUACCUCAAUUCAAUUUACUGACAAAUGUAUUGAGAGUGAAAUCGGGGCCCUUUUAGUUCAACACAAAGCUAUUAUUCCGCUGUAUGAACGGCAACAGUCGGAUUUACGGCUUAAUUGUACCUGAUGGGCACAGUGGGAGACUGGUUAGCACAUCCGCCUCACAGUUCUGAGGACUGGGGUUCAAAACCCCGCCCCGCCUGUGUGGAGUUUGCAUGUUCUCCCCAUGCCUGCGUGGUACAUCAGUCUCCUCCCGCAUCCCAAAAACACGCAGGGUCGGUUAACUGAAGGCUCUAAAUUGCCCGUAGGUGUGGAUGUGAGUGUGAAUGGUUGUUUGUUUAUAUGUGCCCUGUGAUUGGCUGUUUCAGGGUGCCUCUCGCCCGAAGAUAGCUGGGAUAGGCUCUAGCACGCCCGCGACCCUAUUGAGGAGAAGCGGAACGGAAGAUGAAUGAAUGAAUGUACCUGAUGCCAUCUAGUGGACGAGCAUUUAACUGUUUUGCCUGUCACUAUACAUCGCUGGCACAGAUACAAAAGAUGAACAAAGAUAAAUUAAUUUUUGGGCCAAUGAAGUGAAAUCUGAUAAUUUCCCACAACACACCUGAUGAACGCUCAUGGCACAGUGGCUUGGAAUCACAGUUCUUGACCAUCCUUCCCAGUUCCUUGAACAGCAUCCUCUGGAUUAGUAAUUCAUUUCAUUUUGUUGUUGAAAUCACUACAUAUUAAACUACUCAUCAAAACAUGAAGUUACACAAUUGUAGCCUGUAAAAAAAUAUUUUAUGACAACCUAAGUAAAAUGCCCCCUUACCUUGCCAGAAUAUGGUACAACCCCAGUCACCUUUGCUAUAAAAGGUUUUGGUUUAGUCUGUUGCCGGUUUGCCAGUUGGACUGAAAAAAGCGUCAACAUGCCUGUUAUGCGACAAAGGAAACCCCAGUGUCUGGUAACGCCAGAAUGCAUUUGUUUCUACUAAAUGGUGUUUUGACAUUGUACUAAUUACCUAAAACUAAGUGAUUGCUAGCAUCUAAAGUAACACCAGUUAGCAUUGCCUUAGCUACAUGCUUUAGCCUAGCUCAUGCUUUAGUUUAGCACACGUUUUCGCUUAACACGCGCUUAAGAGGAACAGGGAAACAAACCAUGACAAACUCAUUUCAUGCAUUUGUUUAAAUCAACUUGUGAGUAUGACUUAGUUUUAGAAUUAGCUUUUUUUUUUUAAAUACAUAUUCUUACAGAUGAUGACUUUGCUAAUUGUACAUUAUCACCAAUGGAAGAUGGAUGGUGGUGGCUGAUAACUUGACUCAGAACCUCAUAUGUUUUCUAUUUUUUCUUUUUUUUUUUUUUUUUUUAUACAUAUCCUCACGGUCAAUUACUAAUGAAAUGCUUCUUUUAUUUCUGUCACCCAAACUGUGCUCGUCCUCAGUUAAAAUGAUAAAACCUACAAAUAAUCCAUAAAUUAUAUACAUACAUAUACAUUGCAAUACAAUUUCAAAGAACAAAUAUUAGAAUUUAAGUCAGUGUAUGUCAAUGUUUGCUGACCCUCUUCUGUUUGCAUCAAUACUGUAGUGGAAAAUAAUUAAUUUCACAAUCAGUCAUUUCCCCCCCCCCCCCCAUGGAAGGUUUCAAGUUCAUAUUUAUUUAUUUCUCUUAACAAACCCAAGUGACAAUCAGAAUACUGUACUUUUUUUUCCCCUUCAAACAUAUUUUCCUUUUUUUAUUUUUUUAUUUUUUUAAAUACGCAAAACAAGAGAACACUCAGUGCAAUAAGACAGAGGACUCUGACAGUGUGGUGCUCUCUCUACCUUUUCACAGUGCACGUUUAUACACACAAAAAGAUUGUACAUCAUCGUUAUUACAUUUCCAAACUCUACCCCGCCUUCCCAAAUAUUAUGGGUGUGGGGCAAAGUUAACAUUUUAAAACAAUCAUAUUUUUUUCUUGUAGAUUAAACUUGCAUACAGUGUAGCUAGGCACACACAAACACAGAGCUCACUCCCUCUCACGCGCUCACGCAUACGGGUACAACACAGCGGGACCUCUGUGGUGUUGAGAGGGUUACUGCACUUGCAUUCUGAGUACUGUAGCUCAGCUGUCAAACCCAUACUAUUUGGCAAUGUGGACAUUGCAUUUUAAUGUGCAAAAGGGGACCAAUUGAGAUGAUGAAAGUGGGAGGUUGAGGUUGAGGUAGUGGGAGAGAGCAGAGGGAGAGGGGUCAAUGUUACCAGCCUAAUUGGAUGUAAUGGAACAAUGAUGGGCAGUGCAGUUUUCUUCUGAAAACCUUAGAGAUUCGGAGGCCUUUGUGCAACCCCUGUCCUUAGAUUCACGUUUUUAUUAAUUUUUUUGCCUUUGCCAUGAUAUAGGUCCUUGUUGAUCUCUGUAAAAAUUUCCAGCCAAUCGCAAUAUAUCCAGGGACAACCAAUCAGUCAGUGACUGCAUGUUACACACAGCCAAUCCCGAAUGAAUCUUUUACCUUCCCUGCCAAAUAAAAUGCACAUGGCACAGCUUACAACUUGUCACAUUUUCAAAAAUAUAUACUGUAUAUAAGCAUUAUCUUGAAAGGUAUUUCUUAAGCAAGUGCAUAUGGCUAUUAUAAUCUGCAGUAAAAUCAAGACAUGUUCUAAAAGCUCAGGUGUUGAUUGUACAGGCUGGUUGUUAUUUACACUGUGUUCUGAUAUUUGCAGUGUGCAUGGCAAAAUAAAGGCGCCUGCGUUCAA